AAAGAAGCUACCGACUCCGAAGCGAAUGUGCCUGUGGCGAAAGAAAGUGAACCAAAAGUGACAAUCUAGAAGGGUGUCGUCCAAGCCCUUCGAAAUCUCAGGGGGAGCUGGCCGCGAGACCAGCUCCGAAGGCAGACGAUGGGGUUAGAAAGAAGCCCUGACAGAUAUCUGUAUGGCCACCUACCUUGAUGUGUCUGUUAUGAGAUGCCUCUUCAUCUCCCAGUGGCUGGAAGAAGGCGUGCAUUGGGCCUUGCAGUUUCUUCUAAACAGGUUGCAAGGCAUAGCAGAGGAACAGGCACGCGAGGUGCGCCCGCGCAAGCGGAGCAGUUCGCUGCCUGUGCCACGACCCGAGCCACCGCCACCGCCCUCUCCGAAGCAGCGGGAGCAGCCAGCACCACCAUCCACGCCUCGUCCCCUGGGAAGCAUUGUGGCUUCGGGCAGAGACUCGUGCCCAAGCCCGUUCCUGCGUGGCCUGCCCCUGAUGCAUGGCCAGGUGGGAGCCGGCGGUGGCGGACCGCCAAGCCACCAUACGAGCAUGCAGGAACUGCGGCAACAGCAGCAGCCACAGCCGCAACCAUUCCCUCAUCGCUGCAUGGCAUCCCCGGACUUGCGCCGGAACAAGCGCCUCAAUCGAGGUGACCUGCGAGCUUUUGUGGAAGAGGGGCUCCGUCUCUCAGAACGCAUCCUGGACCGCCUUGGUCGUGACGAUGACAACGGCAGCAGCAAUGCAGGGAACCAUCACCACCAUCACCAACCAACCAUCGAGGUGGCAGUGGUGGGCGCUGGAGCUGGCGGAAGCAGCAGCACCACGACCACCACAACAACAACCACCAACAACAACAUUGCCGUCACUUGUGCCGUUGAGGAGCCUACAAGCUGGUCGGAGCCCCCUCAGCCAACUGGCGGCCAUUCUGCGGCACGUUCAGUUGCAGUACCGCGGCUGCUUCCUCCGCGCCCCAGCUCAGCGCUGGGCCUCCUGAGGGACCCCGAUGAUGAAGAACGAUUGUGCUCCCCCGGAUUCUCGGCAGCUGCAUUCUUCUCAAAGACGGAGAUGGUACGUGGCAAGAGCCUGCCCAGCAUCCACAUUGAGGAGCCACCUAACUUGAGGGAGCCAGCCGCCAUGGCGACCAUUGCAGUACCGACUAGGGAACCUCCUGGUGCAUCGCGUAAACUUCCAGCAGUGUACACACAAAGUGUGCCCAAUCCCAUCAUCACAGUUACUGAGCACUCCCCCGUCGCAUCCAUCCAGUUCUUCAUCACUCAGAAGAGAACCAGUACAACGAGCAGCCAGGAUGGCAGUGUGCACAGUGGAUAUGCCAACAACUUUGGAGCAGGUCCAGGUGGGAUCUCUGGUAAAGGCAUUGAAGGUGUGGUUGUCACUUGCACCUUCAAAGCACUGGUCACACGUCUGGCUAAGUGCAGUCGUGAGCUCAAGAACCAAGAAAAUAUGUCAUUAUAUUGCGACCUGCGUCAACUAAUGAGCUACAUUCAUGACAACCAUGGAGGCAUAUUUCGAAGAGUGGCCUUGAGUGGGAUGCUUGAUUCUGCAGACCGUCCAAACAAAAAGAAGAAUUACGUCCCGGGUACAAGAAUUGUCAGGCAUGCAAAGUCACUGGAACAUGAAGAGUUAAAGGACCCACUGUUUUCAUCUAAUGUUUUUAUCAUCGAUGAGACGGCUGUUGAGAAGAGCAGUCGAAAGUCUUUCUUCAGGAAAAGAGGUGUGAGAAAGGUCCCCAGUGCCCAGAGCGUCAUGGAUGAGAAGGAGGAUGUCUCGGCAUGCCCAAGCCCAGCGCCAGGCCAGACGACACCCUCGUUUCCUCGUCAGCACAGGGCCCUGACUCCUAGGCUUAGCGUGUCGGAGGGAGACAACAUCUCCCUCACUCCUAAGCACAGCAAGGGCUCUAAGUUUGCACUGGUGGGAUGGCUGAAAGGAGACCGAAAAGGCGACCAAGGUGAAGAAGAGAGUGGGAGCUCUCCCGGAGGCGUCGGCCUGGACACAUCACCGAACACGACAGAACGUCUCAUUCGACGCUCGAGUGGCAUGAACCGUACACCUAAGAUGCCGCCCAAGUCUGCGAGCCACAUGAGCCUGACACUGUUGCGCGCUCGUCGCCGUAUGGAAGACCAGCUGACCAAGCUGGGCUUCGGUCGCAGUAAGAGCAAGCAUGGCAGCUUCGAAGAGCCCCCCGAUCUCAGUAGACGAAACUCUUUUGACCUGGACCACAAUCAGCGAGAUGGCGAGAUGCUUAUCAUGAAGGAGAGCAAACUGGUCAACAUCAAGCUUGUCUACGAUGGCAUGCUUCGAUUUGCCUUUCUGCAAGAGGUUUGCCAACCUGGAACAGUUCCCGAUUCCCCUUUGCUGGCUGCAGCAUUAGACCUGGCAACACCAGUCGUGUCCCGUGCGGCCCUGUUCUUGGAGUGUGCUCACUUUGUGCACCGAUGCAACAAGGGUCAGUGGCCCACAUGGAUGAAGCUAAAUCUGCCCGUGUUUCGACCUUCUGGUCCGUUAGCGAAUCGUGGCACACCCUCAGGCCUGCAUCGCACGCACAUCCUGCAACGGGCCGCUGGAAAGCUCUUCUUUCAAUGGGCUGAGGCUAUUGGGGCUAGGCUCGAAGAGAUGCUUCAGGGCGAGACUCAUGACCCCCUGGAGAUUGCUGCCAUCGCAGCCGAUGAGCAAAAGCGUCGGCAAUGCCGCAUGGAAGAUGAAGAAGAAGACUUCUUGGAUGAAGCGAGCAUCAACCCUUCGGGAAAUGUCUGCCCCUUUGCACUCAAGAUGGCAGCUUGCCAGCUGCUUCUGGAGAUCACAGCCUUCCUGCGGGAGACAUACCAACUGCUGCCACAGAAAUCGGCCCGUACGUCGGCUCGCGACCGGCCCACAUUUGAGCCUCGUAGUGUCAACGCUAACCGUCGCUGGAGCAUGGCCCUGAGCACACUAGGAGUCAGCCAGACUUCGGCCCACAGCCUGGUUUCGCUGGCCGAGCAAACCCACCCAGUUGUGGUAGGAGAAAGAAGAAUUAGUUUUGUGCUGCACGAGGCAGAUGCAGAAGGAGAGUCGGAGAACAGCAGCAACAACACGGUGAAUGUUCAGGAGGAGCUCAUUCUUCCGGAUGAGAAGCGAGGCCGCCGUAUUGCCCAAGGGAGGCCCCACCUGCUGCGCAGGACUGGAGGCUCCACGGCUGGCCAUAACUCCAGCUUUAAGCGCUGCAGCCUCAAACUGAAAAAGCCUGGCGACCGCAAGUCCCGGGCACGGUCCUCCACGUUUGCUGAAGAUGAAGAGGAAGGAGGUCUACGCAGAACGGAGAGCAUAAAGUCCCGGCGCAAGGUGAGCGCGGUCUCGGACCGCAGUGACACGAGCGAGCGGGCAGACGUGAGUGGGGAGGAGUCGCCUGGCGUGCUCAGCGACGAGCCGGCACCAGAGAGCCCCGUGGACCUGCUGGACGCAGACGACGCCACGGUCAUCGCCACCCGCAUGCCCUGGCUCAAGGUCAUCGUCCAACUCUGCGGCACCUUGCACUUUACCUGCACACACCAGCAGUUUUGCCACCACACCUGCUACAGGAGGCAGAUGAGGGCCUGCAAUCGGCUUGCAAAGAGUGUCCGAAAGGUUUACGGAGAUGACUUUGGACUUAUCCAAGAUAUGGGCAAGCAACAGGAAGAUAAAGAAGGUGGAAAAAAGGACAAAAAGUUCAAGAAGAUUAUCACAGGGCCGAGCUCUCCGUUGAAACGCAAGGCGAGCCUGGCGCACAAUCUGGAGAAACUGGAGAAGGCACUGGACGGUGCACGCUCGCUGCACAGCAGCGCCACCUGCCUGGUGCACGAUGUCGAAGGUGGCCUGCCGCCCGAGACAAAGCCGCCUCUACCCCAAUCUGGCAAAGGCAAGGGCACCACUUCGUCAAAGGAGGAGCAUCCCAUGCUCAAGUACCUCAAGACACAGGUGAUGAGCCUGUUUCACAGUCCUUUGUCAAUGCUUAUAAAGGGCACCGUUGUAGCGACCGAAGAGACUUUCAUUGAAGCACUGCCCAUAGCUUGGGAGCUGCUGCUAGAGAAUGACCAACAACUGAGUGCUGUGGCAGCCGUUGUAUUUAUCCUUGCUGCUGUGAAGGCUCCUGAACAUGCAUCAGAGCUCCUAGGUCGAGAACUUAAGAGUGAGGACACGACCCAGAAGAUCAAUGCCCUUCUGAGGUUCCAGGCACUUUGGAAAUUUCGCUAUCAAUGUUGGCUGAGGAUGGAAGAGGCUGCACAUUUAGUUUUCAAGGUGCCACCUCCGACCAUUGAGUUCACCCUUCCCAGCCCACGUAUUGCCCUUGACUGUGCCCCUGUGGCCGAUCCUCCAUGGAUGCCUCAAGUGAAGACCAAAGUGGAAGAAGUUACCAUCAAUCAGGACCAAUCUCGAUCAUUUGUAACGGCGACUCAGACACGCCGUAAGCAGCAGAUGGAGCUCAUCCACCGAGCUCUUCAGGCCGAAGAAGAGAAAAAAUGCAAUGAGAGGGAAAAUUUUCACAUCACCUCCGUUGCUGUCAAUGUACUUUCAGCCUACGAACCAGCCCUGUUCCAUGCAGUUGAGGAGCAUGAAGAGGGAGACGAAGACCAGACAGCUGAACGGUUAUCUGCUCACCCUAUACAAGUGGCACAUGCCUUGUUCCCAUCGUGUCUCUGUUCAGCUGCAGUGUACAUUAUCAAUCUGUUGAAUGAUGCGGAGGUCAGCUCUGAUGGAGUUGCAGUGUACGAAGUGGCCUACAAGGUGAUAUGGAACUGCUUGGUUGAAGAUACAGCACUGUUCCUGCGCCACUUCUUGGAGAGGCUGACCCGCGAGAAACCAGACUCUGUGAUCCAAAUCCUAAGACGUCUGCUGCGCUUUGUGCCUCGGCUACCAACGCAAGCAGCACACACACUCUACAACUACCUGGUUGGCUACAUUAUGUUUUACAUACGAGCUCCCGUGGAAGGUGGAACGGAGCUGAUUGCCAAUGCUAUUUCAAUUCUUUGGCUGGUUGUUCCCAGUGUUCAUGGACUCUACUUGAAAGACCUCAAGCAAGUGCUGAGAAAAGAGCAGUGUGAUGCCACCUUACUGAUCACCGCAAACGUGCCAAGUGCCAAGAAGAUUAUUGUGCACGGUCCUGAUGCAGGUGGCAUUCCAUCACAGUUUCCAAUUCAUGAGGACACCCAGUUUCUUCAUAUUCUUCAAGACAGUCUCGAUUUUUUUGGCAUUGAAGAGAACCAGCAUAAUUGCUACUUCCUUGUUGACACAAAGACAAAUCAGAUGCACAAUCCAAGUGCAUUUGUUCGUGACUUCUACUUCUUCAAGAGGUCCCAGUAUCCUCAGUUAACAUUGGCAAAAAUGGACCCUGAUGAAGCUUUCGAAGCAGGGCAGCAUCAGGCAUUCUAUCUGCAUUUCAUCGAAGUUGGGAAGGUCUUGAUGAGUUUAGCCAUUCUACGAACCAGCCACCAGCUCGCUCCCAGAGUUCUUUUUCUGCAUGACGAGCUGACCAAGCUACCAUCAUUUCCCCGCAAAGCUCUCGAGGCUGACUUUGAACUUUACACCGGCAAGUUUGGAAAAGAACUUCUUGGGAUGGAUACACUGCAUAAAAUGGUGUGGGUAAAACUAAUGGCUCGAAUGUUUGAAGCCAUGGCUGGUUUCUUUGCCCAUUCAUCUGACAUCCAUUUGUUCCUGAACGUUGUGAAUGGAGCCCUCGUUCUACACCCUGAAGAUGCCACUAUUCUUCGUCUCUGCAUGGCUACUUACAUCAACGCUGCGCACCAGUUCAGGAACAUCUUUGCCUCUAAUGGGUACCUCCUGAUCAUGCCAACAAUCCUGCAAAUCUAUUCCAACCACCAGACAAACGGCUUACUCUGCAGAACUGUAGAGUUUAUCUGCAAACAGUUUUACAUCAUGCACAGAAAGCCGUUUAUACUUCAGAUGUUUGGGAGCGUGGCUCCCCUCCUCGACCUUGAUGUCAACAGCAACUACGGAGAUGCAAACAAGAUGCAGCCCAAAGCCUUCUUCCAGCUGCUGCAGUCUCUUGCGCAGUAUAUUGUCGACCCACUGGACAUUCUGGAACUUGUAGAUGCCGAGAAGCCACUGAGGGCACUUGACUUUUGCUACCAGAUGGACCCUGACACCUUGACCAUACUGGAUGCCAUCUCGCUUAGUGUCACAGUCGUGUCAUAUGCUUCCGACUCACACAGGGGCCACCAGAUGCUGACUAUCUUGGAGGCGGUGCUGCCUUUCUACUUGCAGCACCUGCAGUCCUUGACGACCAAGAAGGAAACUCCCGGAGGGCCACGAGCUGAGCUGCAGAUGAUCCACAAUGUUUCUGUUUGCAUGAAGACCCUGAUCAGCAAUUGUGAGGCUCUGACCAGAAAUUACACAGGACCUCAAAAAGCGAUUGACCUGAGGGGUUCUAGCAUCAAGAAUGCCUCACGAGGUGCUUGUUCGCCUCCUUUCGAAGUUGAGGAAGACCUGCCAUCAAGGUUUGUGAACGAGACACUGUACGGGUCAAGGAAGCCAGCUGGAAUCCACUAUGAACGGGACGAUGAGGACAGUGAUCUUCUGCGACUUGAGUUCCGGCAACCACGGGACACACUGCUAUCAGUGGUGGCAGAGUUCCUCACCAAGUGCUCAGCCCGCCUGGCCGACCUGAGCAAAAAGAUCCCCGACUUACCCAGCAAGGCUACCGAGCUCCUGGACGUCAAGUGCCACUUGCGUCUGGCGGAAGUGGCCCACAGUCUUCUCAAGAUGGCUCCAUACGACCCCCAAACUAUGGCAUGCCGAGGCUUACGGCGCUACCUCAAUGAGGUGCUGCCACAGUCGGAGUGGGCGCAAGAGGCUAUGAGGCCUGCCCUUAUCAUGGUCAUACGACGCCUUGACAAGACCUUUACCAAGAUUGCCAAGAAGCCUGCCAUACGGAGGCUUGUUGACUGGGAUGCAGCCCGAAAUCUAUUAAAAGGUGUCUACAUGACACUUUACAAGCAUCCAUACAUUGCUCACCUGCCCCAUCUAAAGUCACUGGUCGCCAUUUGCCAGAGCAUUAUUGUGGGUGAUCAGAAUGCCUCUCUGGUGGCCGAGAGCAGUGGCAACGUUUCAGUGUCGGCGGCAGCUUUGGCCCAGUCUCCACCACCAGGCUUCUGCUCUGUGGCUGUGCGACUUGUGACCAUGCAAAUGGUCGCACUUGGGGACUCGCUCUCUUUGGAGAGCAUCUGUGGAGGCUCAUCUGUUCUGACAAGCACUGACAAGACGGAAAUCUUUUUGAUGAACUUUAUUCUUCCUCUUUGCAUCAGAGUGAGCAGUGGAGUGAAAGAUGUGCCCAAGAUGCGUCAGAUGGAUAUCUCCUUUGGUUUGACUGUGGUGUUGAAUGCCUUGUCUCCUGCUGGAGCCCACAAGCACCAUCCAUCCAGUGCUGUGGGAAAGCCACCAUCAGAGGCCCAACAGAACACUGCUUCGACCCGUGAGAAGUCGUCCAGUGCUGUCAGAAGCUCACUGUACCAAAUUGGAUUCCUUGGGCUGAAAAUUCUGAUCGUGUGUUAUGAGAGACAACUUGUAGGCGACUGGCACCGAAUUGCACGAUGCAUUCGUGAGCUUGGAAACAGGCUACAAGGUGGACUUGCUCUUUGGAGCUUUCUUGACUUUGUGGUCACUCACCGAACACCACUAUAUGUGCUGCUAUUUCCACUGAUUAAAUACAAGAUUUUGCAAACCAUUUGUGACAACGAGCAGGAAUACUACUACCAGCAGCUCAUCAGGGAUAAGAUCAAAGGAAUAAACCUGCCCACCCCUAAAAGCUUUGGCUGCAUGUUUGUCGACCUUGUUAAUGAACUGAAGACGCUGAAGGAGGACCUUGUUGCCUGGAAACUUGGAGGAGAACUGGAGCGUGGAAAGCCAUCUGCAGAAGGCCAUGGUGGCGAGAUGUCCCAGUCAGUCAGCUUCACACGUACCAUGGUCGCAGGUGGUGCUCACCGGCCCAGCUUUACUGAACUUACACCGGACCACCAGAGCAUCACUCGACUUGGCAGACCACCAGGCAUGGGCUCAGUUGAAUCAGCAGAAGGCGCUGUGGGGGCGGUGCCAGCAGGAGGCCCAGCUCCAAGACCUCUGCCUAUCAUGCGCUCCGAGUCGCAGAGAGAACCUCAUCGGGAGAGCCAGCAGCAGCGCGACUCACACCGGGGUCUCAGCAUACGACUUCAAUCGCGCGAAGGUAGCAGCCGAAGGGUAAUGCAACGCUUCCUCAGGAGGACCAGCUACCCUGAGGAGGAAGGACCUACCCAAGUAUAUCGACCAAUGGAAGCCCUGGACAUGGAGCAUUCUGCCGCAUCUGAGCCUCGCUUGUUCAGAAAGUCCACGCUCCUCAUCAAAAAGAAAGGCAGCAAGAAGAGCACCGGCAGCAGCAGCCUAACAUCUGUAGGGGUUGCCGAGAGUGGUGCAGCUACUGACGAGGAAACUCUACAGGACAGUAUGCCAGAGGGCGUUGACUCCACUGGGGAAGGUCCACCGACCCCAACUGCCUCUAGACCGCAGUCCCCUGAGACCGGGGAGCCACAGCGGCCGAGGCACAGACUUCAACGCCAGAAGGCCCAGAGCCGCAAGACAUUUAGGUUUGGCAAGUCACGGCGGGGAGCUGGCUGGGCAGCGGCCGAGGUAGGAAUUGCCACUGCGGACGAAGCGCCGCCCCCGACACUGGCCGAGGAGGAGCCCGAAGGCCGGCCUCGGCCCACUCGGGCGUCCUCCAUACAUGGAUUGCCCGCCAGUGCAGUGGGUGCUCUGGCAUCCUUGACCGGUGAACAUAGGGCAGAGGAUCGAUCCACUAAGGACUAAGAGUGUACAUAAUGGAAAAAGAGGCUGUGGUUGGCCAUGAUUUUGGAAUACUGUCAGUUUGAGCUUAUUUUAAAGCUUUGAGACCAUUACCAAGAGCACAGUGCAGUUGUCAACCAUAUUUGUUUCCUGCACUGACCAUGCGUCAAGCAUGAAAAGUGAAAAGCUAAAUGGCUGGGGCUUGUAGCCUAGAUGAAGAAUGUAAGGCUUUAUAAUGGUGCAAAACCUAAUACAAGCUACUCGUGCUUCUGCUACAUUAGCUUUUGUAGGAAAUUGAUUGUUGUCUGAUUACCUAUUUUGGACCAGCAAAGAAAGACUCAAAGCAAAUGAAAUAGACUCAGCAUUAAUGUUUAGCCCCUGUGUUGUGCUUUCUGUUGAUCAAAAUUUAUGUUGGCACGGAAUUUUCAUAUCUUAAAAAAUAAUCUUAGUGGGAUUCAGUUUCCUGUCUCUGCUUCGAACACGUAUUAUGACAAUGUGCUAAUUGUAGCUCACAGUAUCUGAGAUCAUUGCUUCAUUUACUUGAGAAGUGAGUCAAGCAUAAAAAUUACAGAAGCUCAUUUUUUUAGUAGCAGCGUAGUGUUCAAGAUUUCUCCUCUGGCAAGCUGUAAACAUUGCUUUAGCCUUGCAACUAGUAUGGCCUUGUUUAGACAGAAACUCAGUAAAAUGGUCCCCGAUGCAUCAUCAUAUUAGCAUACCACUGAGUAAAUUGUGAAGUCGCUUCUGUGUUAUGUAAAGGGUUUGUGCGCGAUAACAGUGCAGGAAAUAGGAACUGUCUGAAGAGCUUUGCGAACAGAACAUUUUCACUUAAUGUUGAAUGCCUUGCAAUGAUACUGCAUACCAAAUGCCUAGUAUCCAGUCAGAAGCAGCUGCUGACACUGUGGAGUGUUUACAUAUCCAUAAAACACUUCAGAUUGAGUUUUUGCUUCACCUGCUUGAAGCUUCAUAACUUUCUUUGUGCAGUGUCAACUAAGGACAAAGAACAGUCGAUAAAGCCCUGUUCAAUUUGUGCUUUCUACCUACGGGUACUUCUCAGAUAAGAAUAUCAUUAGUGCUGGAAAAAGAAAAGGCCGUCACUGAGCAGCAGCUGUAAAUGUGCGGUGCUGUAAGUUAGCAGCAUCGCAGUUUACCACACGUACAGAGACAAAGCAUAAGUCUUAUGCAAGGAAUAGAGAUGGUCAAUAUACUAGCAAACAGGACGAGUUGAAUACCAUAUCAGGAAAUUUGGAAUCAAUUUGCCCAGUUUUCAAUCCUAACCUCUGUUGUGCCAUCUCUAUACGCAUGAAAAAUGAGCUCUGCGGGUGCUUGCAAGGUGGCAUUCCUUAGUAAUAUGAAGCUACAAAGAAAAUUCCACGGAGUGUGCCUCAUAAUCACAUCGUGGUUUUAGCAUGUGAAACCCAAGAAUUUAAUUCUAGGGUCAACUGAAUUCCCUCUUGACUACGUAGGGGAAUGGAAUUCAGCUAGUA